CCAGCGCGCCGCCACCCGGCCCCCAGCCCCGCCCCGCCUCCCGCCUCCGCCCCGCGCCCAGUCCCCGGCCGCAGCGCCCGGCCGCUGUCGCCGGCUGCAGAGGCCUGCCGCCCGCCAGCGCCGCCACCAUGGAGCACCCCGGAGCCGGAGGAAUAAAUUCCAAUGAGUGUGAAAAUGUGUCACGAAAAGAGGAAAUGUCAGAAGAAUUUGAAGCUGACGCUAUGGAGUCUCUGGCGGAUUUGCCAUUUGCUACUGUAGAUAUUAAAGAUGAUUAUGAAAUCAUUGAUGUACCGCAAAGAAAUUUGGAGAGAAGUAAAGAAAGUGAAUGGAACAAUAAAGAACAAAUAAAGAAGAAGAAAAAAAGGGAAAAAGAUUAUCAACCCAACUAUUUUCUGUCCAUUCCCAUCACUAACAAAGAGAUUGUAAAAGGAAUUAAAAUCCUGCAAAAUGAAAUAAUACAACAAGAUCAGCGACUGGCCAAAGCAAUGAGCCGUGACGGUUCCUUUCAUAUUACCCUGCUAGUGAUGAAGUUACUAAAUGAAGAUGAAGUGAACAUUGGUAUUGACGCCCUUUUGGAACUAAAACCAUUCAUAGAAGAAAUCCUGCAAGGAAAACCUUUGACUUUGCCCUUUGAAGGGGUUGACACUUUUGGAAAUCAGGUUGGGUUUGUCAAGCUGGCCGAAGGAGAUCACAUAAACCCACUUUUGGAGAUUGCAGAUACUGCAAAAAGGACAUUUCAAGAAAAAGGUGUCUUGGCAGGAGAAAGCAAAACUUUCAAGCCUCAUUUGACCUUCAUGAAAUUGUCCAGAACACCAUGGCUCCGGAAGAAGGGAGUGAAAAAAAUAGACCCCAAAGUCUAUGAAAAAUUUAUCAGUCACAGAUUUGGAGAAGAAGUGGUACAUUGCAUAGAUCUGUGCUCCAUGCUGAAGAAAAAACAAAGUAAUGGUUAUUAUCACUGUGAGUCAUCAAUUGUGAUUGGCAAGAAACCUGUGGGAAUCCGGGACUUAAUUAAUGAAGCUUUGCGUCGAGAAAGGAUGGGUCUGCAGUCCAAAGUGAAACAGAUAAAGGAACUUAUGUUAAGGCCUGAGACUCAGGCCAGAAUUAGGAGGGAGCUUUUUGAAGGAAGAUCCAUUAACCACAGUUAUCAAGGAAAAGAGGUUGAUUAUUUCAGCACAAUUUUGACAUAAGCUCUACAUUGCUCUCAUGGUACCAGAGUUUAUGAAAUCUUUUCAGUUCAUUAAAUGGCUCUUUGGUAAAUACCAAAGAAGAUAGUGUCUGCACAAUAGCAGACCAACAUUUGGUAAGGAAUUAAUCAUUUCUUGCCAAAGAAAACUGAUUCUUCCCUGUUAUUUUUAAGUCAGAUGUGUUUUAGAAUGUUUAUCUCUAAUAUCAAAAUUCAUUUUAUAGAAAAGACUUCUUAACUAGCUGUUGUGAGAUGGUCUUUGGGUCCUCACAGAUAAAAUGUACAGACUGUGAAAAAUCAUUUACAGACAAAAAAAAAAAAAAUACAGCAUUUUAAGGUCACUGACAUGAUUUUUGUUAAAUCAAAAGAAGCAUUGUUCUCAUGUAUCUAUAUCUCGUGUGACUUUUAAUGAGACUUUGAAUGUUUAUUGAUCACUGGUACUUGAAUGAACAUUUAUAAAUGUAAAUGUAAUUAUUGUAAUCACUGGUUACGAAUGUUUUAUAACGUCCAUAUGUAUUACUUUUCAGUGAUCAAAAUGUAGUUUGCUUUUUCAUUUCUUAAUGAAUGUUCGGAAUUUUUAUUUUCUACUUUUAUGAAGAUAAGCCCCAAGUCUUACUGUAUCCCUUAUAAUCUGAAUUUGUUUGCACUGGUUCAUUUUUAAAGACAAUUCUUAAAAAUUUUCCCUCCCCUAUGAUCAUCACUGGUAACAGCUUUUUCUAUAGUCAUUGUAAAAUCGCUGCUACUAAGAGAUCAUGAUGCAGGGGAAAAUUAUUGGAGAUCAAAUAUGUAGUCAUUUCAAAUAUAAAAUCCAGUUUACUCAUGGAUUUUAGCUAUUUUUUCACUGGGUAAAUUAUAAUUAUAUUACAUUUAUUUAUAAGUGAGUUUAUGCAUUUUCAUGCCUCUUAAUAAAUGCAUUGUUUUCCCUU